AUGACGCACCCAACACUUCCCCUGAACCUACAUCCAGCACCCAACACUUCCCCUGAACCUACAUCCAGCACCCAACGCUCCCCCAGAACCUACAUCCAGCACCCAACACUUCCCCGAAACUACAUCCAGCACCCAACACUUCCCCCAGAACCUACAGCCGGCACCCAAAGCUCCCCGUCCCUACACCCAGCACCAAACAACCCUCCCCAACCCACACCAACCAACCAACAUUCCCCCCGUAUUUACACCCUGCACCCAACGCGCCCCGCGAACCUACACCCGGUACCCAACUCUCCCCGUAUCUACACCCGGUGCCCAACAUUCCCCCAUAUCUACACCCGGCACCCAACGCUCCCCCGAAUCUACACAAAGAACCCAGCACUCCUCCCGAACCUACACCCAGCAACCAAUGCUUCCCCGAACCUACACCAAGCAAACAACACUCCCCCCGAACCUACACAAAGUAAGCAACAUUCCCCCAGUAUCUACACCCAGCACCCAACAAUCCCCCCGCACCUACACCUGGCACCCAACAUUCCCACCGAAUCUACACCCAGCACCCAACACUCCCCCCGCACCUACACCUGGCACCCAACAUUCCCCCGAGUAUCUACACCCAGCACCCAACACUCCCCGCACCUAGACCUGGCACCCAACAUUCCCCGGUAUCUACACCCAGCACCCAACACUCCCCGCACCUACACCCGGCACCCAACACUCCCCGAACCUACACAGCACCCAACACUCCUCCAGAACCUACACCCAGCACCCAACUCUCCCCGCACCUACACCUGCACCCAACAUUCCACCGGAUCUACACCCAGCAACCUCCCCGCACCUACACCUGGCACCCAACAUUCCCCAGUAUCUACACCCAGCACCCAACACUCCCCGCACCUACAUCUGGCACCCAACAUUCCCCAGAUCUACACCCAGCACCCAACUCUCCCCCAGACCUACACCCGGCACCCAACUCUCCCCGCACCUACACCUGGCACUCCAACAUUCCCACCGAAUCUACACCCAGCACCCAACACCCCGCACCUACACCUGGCACCCAACAUUCCCCCAGUAUCUACACCCAGGCACCCAACAUUCCCCACGUAUCUACACCCGCACCCAACUUCCCUCGACCUCUUACACCUGGUGAUCUUCCCCGCACCUGCACCUGGCACCCCCACGGACCUGCUCCAACCUCCUCCGCACCUACACCUGGCACCCAACAUUCCCCAGUAUCUACACCCAGCACCCAACACUCCCCGCACCUGGACCUGGCACCCAACAUUCCCCAGUAUCUACACCCAGCACUCGCAACUUCUCCCCCGGACCUACACCCGGCACCCAACCCUCCCCAACCUACACCUGGCACCCAACAUUCCCACCGAAUCUACACCCAGCGCCCAACACUCCUCCGAACCUACACCCAGCACCCAACAUUCCCCCGAAUUUACCCGGCACCCAACAUUCCCCACGAGACCUACACCCGGCACCCAACGUUUCCUCGUAACUACACCUGGUACUCAACGCCUCCUCCCGAACCUACACCCGGCACCCAACGCUCCCCGUAUCUACACCCAGCACCCGGCACUCCCCAGUAUCUACACCCAGCACCCAACAUUUCCCCGUAUCUACGCCCAGGGACCAAACGUUCUCCCCGAACCUACACCAAGCACCCAAAUCUCCCCCGAGACCAACACAAAACCACCCAGCCUCCCCCGACCUACAGCCGGCACCCGAAGCUCCCCGAAUCUACACACAGCACACAACGCUUCCCCGUCCCUACACCCAGCACCAAAUGCUUCUCUUUCCCCGAACCCACACCAAGCAACCAACACUCCCCGUAUCUACACCCCCGCACCGAACAUUCCCCGGAACCUCCUCCCGGCACCCAACAUUCUCCCCGUAUUUACAUCCGGCACCCAACAUUCCCCACCUGGUACCCAACGCCCCCCACUCUCUACCCUCCCUACCCCCUACCCCAUCCCCGGCACCCAACGCUCCCGCGAACCUACACCCGGCACCCAACUGCCCCGUAUCUACACCUGGUACCCAACAUUCACCCCGAACCUACACCCGGCACCCAACCCUCCCCGAACCUAA